AUGUCCAGAACGAGGAGGCUGUGGUUAUUUUUUGCCUUCAUAUGCGUGACAACAUUCUGUUGGAUGGUCAUGCUGUCCUCGCAAGAUCACAACAUUGUUGACAACAUGUUGAGAUACAGUGUGAACGUUGUUCUCGUCAACAAGCAACACAAAUUUUUACACCAACGACACCUUCAACAACAAAAACACGAGCACGAACAACACAAAGAGAUCAUCAAAUUAGAACAACAAAACAACAAAACAGCAAGUGCCUUAAAUGUUGAAGUCGCACAGAUUUUUGACAAAUUUCACAGAAUGCACGGGGAGGUAAACGUGAGUAAGAUGAUAUUCUACAAAAUAACAACAAAACCGUUAAACAACGACACGCACGGAAAUGAUUUUAACAAAACGUCAACAACAUCUAAACCACAACAACAGUUUGUUCCAAAAAUCGCGCACAUAAUUUGGUUUUAUCCGAAUGAGACGGAGUUUCGAUUCCAUCAAGCGAUGAGCCUCCUGAGUCUGCAGAGAUUUUUCAAGCCACGAAAAAUUUUUUUCUGGCACGAUACAUUGCCGACUGGUCGCUGGUGGCUGUUCGCUCAACAAAUCGUUGCACAUUUCCUCCUAGUACCUUACAAAAGACCAACAAAAAUAUUCAACUACACAGUAUCAGUUCCCGAACAUCAGUCUGAUGUGGCGAGAAUACAACUUCUACGCGAGUACGGCGGCUUGUACAUUGAUCUGGAUGUUGUUCUUCUGCGACCACUCGAUCCUCUCCUCGAGUACGAAACGACCAUGGGCGCUGAAACUCCCAGCCAACUUGGCAGUGGCUUCAUUCUGGCCAAGGAAAAUUCAGCGUUUCUCAAACUCUGGCUCGAUAGUUACUCAAACAACUUUAACGAUAACGAUUGGAAUUAUCACUCGACCAUCAUGCCGAUGAAGUUAGCCAAGCAACACCCACAGCUCGUUCACAUCGAAUGGUUUUCCAUAAAUAGACCGAACUGGUUCGAAAGAGAUUUUCUCUACCGAAAGGGCAAACUGUGGGACUGGAGCGAGAACUACGCCGUGCACCUGUGGUACCGUGAAUGUCCCGACGACUACAACCCGACGAACGUUCGCGAGAUGAAUACGACGGUGGCUGAAGUUUUCACAUUCAUCUACUUCAAUGAAAGGCCGCAGUGGAAAGGUGGAUGA